CUUCAGUUUGAAGACCCAGCCGAAGCAGAAGAGUUAUAUCUUGACAAGCGAAAGAUCGUGACCAUUGCAAAUAUUACUAGUACUUCCGGAGAUCGGAAAGACUUUACUUCUCUCAACGAACUGAUCAACCUAAAAUUACUUUCCUUAAAUUGUACCCAACUUCAUUCUCUAGAUGGCUUUCCACCGUUGCAAAAGCUUAAGAGGCUCGCUCUAUCUGAUAAUAAGAUAGUCGGUGGUCUAGAAACGUUGGCAAAUGCCAAGCUUGAAAAUUUGAACCACCUUGAUCUGAGCAACAAUAGAAUAGCCGAAAUAUCAGCACUUAAACCUCUGGAAGAAGAAAAUCAAGAAGUUGAAGUCAGCGAGGAGGAAGUCGGAUCUGGUUCCGAAACAAAUGAAGAAGCUGGUGACGACUCAAAUGGAGAACAAGAAACCAAUGCUAAUGAAGAAAUAUCUGAUAGCGAAGAAGAACAACAACUGGAAACAAGUGAAGUCGAAGAAGAACCUGAAGUUGAAAAAGUAUUUUCAAAAGAUAAGGGGAAAUCUGUAGCAUUUCGUGAAGAGGAGGAAGAUAACGAGGAUAACUCCGAUAGCCAGCAAGAAGAAGCAGACUCCGAAGGAGAAAUUUUAUCAAUACUUGCUCAUGAAAUAGACCCAUCUCAGCGUCCUUCUACUAGUGCAGAAGAUGAUCUAGAUGACGAAGCUGAGGACGCAUCGGAAUCAAAUCAAACCUACAAAAGAGGAGUAGCUGAGGAAGAUGAUAAAUCGAUACAAAAUAAGAAACGACGAGACGAAUAUCAAGAGCAAGAUCUCGCCGAAGACGAACUUGAGCCGGAUCUUCCAAGCGGGUAUGGUGCUGAAGAACCAAGAGAUGUGAAUAUAGACAUACAAGGUGGUGUCGGGAUCAUCUCGAAUGGUGUGGGUGGUGUUGGUAUGGAUAUUGAUAAGGCAGAAAAAGUUGUUCAAGAAAAAGAGAGAGUCACAACCCCAUAUAUGACAAAAUACGAAAAGGCUAGAAUCUUAGGUACUAGAGCUUUACAGAUCAGUAUGAAUGCACCAAUCCUUGUUGAUCGUGAUAAUGAAACCGAUCCUCUCGAAAUUGCAAAGAAGGAACUUCGACAAAAGAAGAUUCCCUUAAUGGUACGAAGAUUCCUUCCUGACGGGAGCUAUGAGGAUUGGCAUGUUAGGGAGUUGAUCAUACCUGAUGAUGAGGCCUCGGCUAGAGAUGCAAGUAGUUGGC